AUGGAGACUGGCAAAACGUACGGUUCACUGAGGGAUUCGGCUGAUUGUACAUUCGAGUGCAUUGUCAACGCCAUCUUAGAUCAGCGGAAGUCGGCUAAAGGAAGGAUCUCGCACGUCGUCCUUGUGGGAGGCUUUGCGGCUAGCAACUGGUUAUCAAGCGAGGUCCAAAGAUCACUCAAGCCCUUUCGUCUCAACAUCUUCCGGCCCGACAAUCGGGUUAACAAGGCAGUUUCGGAUGGUGCAGUGUCCUUCCACCUUAACAGCAUUGUUCGAAGCCGCAUUUGCAAAGUAGCGUAUGGUCUCGGCGUCGCUCCAUGCUAUGACAGUACAAACCCAGAACACUUGAAACGCUCAUCAUCUAUGUUCCAAACACUUUCGGGCGUGUACCGGAUCCCUAAAGGCUUCAGCAACAUCUUGCCUGCCAAAACCGCAGUAUCAGAAAAGACAGAAUUCCGGUGCGGCUGUACCCACGCAUCGGAGACAAAACUUACGGAGUUCCACUCAUACAUUUUGUGUUAUCGAGGCGAACUUCCUGAUCCUGAGUGGUUAGAUGUGGACGCUGACGUUUCACGUAUGAAGCAACCUCCACUACCUAGAGUCGAUGGAACAGGAGGAAAGUACUAUCGUGUGGACUAUGAUGUCAUUCUGUUGUUCGGAUUGACCGAGUUGCAGGCACAGGUGGCUUGGGAAGAAGAUGGUGUUGAAAAACGGGCACACACUACUAUAUCUGAUCCAAUACCGCCCUUGGGCGAUCAACCAAAACUGACACGUAGUCAACCUCGAUACGCCCCUACCACCGCGCCCCAGCCAUGUAAAAGUUUGUUGUAUCACUGUUCACCGAUCACACGACGUUGGGAAUCGAGUCAACUAGCCCAAGAAGGUCCACACGUUUAUGGCAUCACCGCAGGUUAUCAAGAACAGCCAGCUGCGCUCCAAGAUCGAAUCAUGAACGACUUUGCGGGAAGGAUAAGUCAAUUGGAGAGGGCGUUACGUCGUGUGACCUUUAGGCCCUGUACAUGUGUCGUACGACCCAACCACGAUGGAGGACGCGUUGGAGACAACGCCCGGGGACAAGACGACAACGCCGGAAAAGAGGCGCACCGCUCUGGCGACCUCGCUCCAAGGGCUUCAGCGCUUAGUGUAUGGCAGACCAUUGUUCUUUCCGCAUUCUCAAUGGAUGAACCGCCUUCAUCAUUGCUAAAGUCAAGGAUUCCCAGAAAGACCAUCAUCGUUGACCCCAACUUAUUCACGGAUGACGAGGAAUCUGAAAUCGACAACUUUCGUUGCCCUCUUCAAAGGGGAAUCAUUUAUUAUCACCGGGACGGUCCGAUCUUUGAGCACAACAUCCAUUUCUCCGGAAAACAUGAGCCACGAAUCAUUGUCCCGAGACAUCCGUCGCGGCGUGUAGCAGAAAUUUCAUUCGCCCCCAUCAAAGGCAAUCGGAUCCUGCUAUUCGCAAAGUACUUGGGAAGGACAACUUCCCAGACCUAUCUACACCUAUCAAUCCAUGAAAUCCGCUCCGACAAUCGUGUUGGUCGCGCUGCCUGGUCUUUCAACGGUAGCGCUGAUGGUCACUCCAACAUUUUUCAUUUGAAGUUGAUAAAAUCCACCGAAAAUCCCCUGGGAAUUACUUUUGGGGUGCGGUUUAUCGACCAUUGGAAGCUGUACGACAUCUCUACUACUGAAACUGAUGCAUCGCAUACUUUUCCUCUAAUUGAGUCCGGGAGAAUAGAUCAUGAUCUAAAGCUCAACUCGAAGUCGAAGCACGAUAGUCUCGUCAUACUAUCCCCUGACAGACACAUUCUCCUGAACGCAGCAGAGAAGGAACGAGUCAAGGAAACGAUUGACAUUCACUAUUCAGAUUCAACUGGUGACACAAACAAUCUGAACUUUUCCUUUGUUUCCCGCAUGUCCAUUCCCAUUCCCAUGGACCCAAAAACAUUUCCUAUCAUCCAGGCACCAGUACUUGCAUUUUCUGCCGAUGGGUCCAAGUUUGCUAUGGCUAUGGCUCGCAGCAGAGUGUCUGUUUGGGAGAUCCGAAGCAAAGUUCCUUUGAAAACAUUCAUGGAUGUCCCCAAGUCUGAGUAUGAUGACCGGCCUGCACGACAUCUGCAAUUCAGCAGUGGAAAAUUGGGAAAAGAAGUUCUGGUAUUUGUCGAGCAUGAUACUCUCUUCCGUUUUAAUAUCAUUCAUGUGAUCGAUGCGACGUCGUUUGAGACGGAAGAAACUCUUGUCUUACCGUUAGAAGGGCUCGGAAAACCUGGAAUACGCAUAGCAGUGGAUGCGCUUUUCUUCGAUCCAAGCGGGUCAACUAUGUACGCUGAAAUUAACGGAACACUCUACGAGUGGGAUCUGCAGAAAAAUAAGCCUGGUCCCGAAUGGUGGAUUGGGGAGUAGUAGGAUGUCUGCUUUGACAGGAAUACUUUUUAUUACGCCUUUUGUAGCUCAUUAUAAUAACCAACAAGCGUGCAAGCAAAA